AUGAAUAGCCAGUUAUCCGAUCUGCGAGAUGCAUUUUACGAUUCGAAGCGACGAGAAGUUAUGGGACGAGAUGGACAUCGAUGGGCAAAACUAGCUAUUUUCUAUAGCUCUUUCUCCUUGGGUUUGACCGGAUUUUUCUGUGCAAUGAUCGCAAUACUAAUGUUUAUCACACCACAAGACAUUCCACGUUAUUCUUCAGCAGAUUCAUGUAUGGAAACUCGUUCUAGUCCUAUUUCACCGGGUAUGGGUUUUCGACCACAACCAAAUGUGCUAGAAAAUCUAAUUUAUAUUAAUCAAACUAAUGGCAGUUGCGAUUCAGAUCCUUAUAUAAAACAUCUUAAUCAAUAUCUCCAAGUUUAUUAUGGGAAACCUAAGAAAUCUUCAGAUGCAAUCAGACAAUUCGUCAUUCGAAAUCCACAUAACUGUACGCCGGAGAAACACUAUGGAUUCUCGGCUGGAAGACCAUGUGUACUGGUCAAAAUGAAUAAAAUUGUUGAUUUCAUGCCCAAACCAGGUUAUCAAGAAGACGAUCAGGCUGCAUAUGAAAAACUUGGAUGUCAACCUGGACCAAAUGCUAUUGCUGUUCAUUGCUAUGGAGAGUCUGCAUCCGAUGUUGAUAGUAUUGGUAAUAUGACUUAUAUUUCUGAGAGUAAUGUUGACAAUCAAUGUGGUUCAUUGGAAACCAAAUGGUUUCCUUACAAAGGUAAAGUCGAUCGUCAAGAUCUUUAUCAGGCGCCCUACGUCUGGAUACAAUUUAAUAAUCUUCAGCCAAAAGUGCUCGUCCAUGUGAUUUGCCGCUUGUAUGCCAAAAAUAUCUAUUUUGAUAAGAAAUCCUUAGGUCUUACGCGCUUUAAACUGUUUUUGACAAAUCCAUCAAGUCCUCAAAAUCAUGCGCCAUGA